AUGACAGGUACUGGAAAAGAACAUUUAAAAAAAUUAUGUACCAAAUUUGUGGGAAAUUUAAAAAAUUUAAAACAGAAUCUGGAAAGUCUUGAAAAAUUAUCCAAAAUAUUUAAAAAGGGUUCAAUUACUAACCAUGGCCUCCAAUAUUUGAAUGAUCUUGAUGAUAUACUACUUAAAAUUAACUUAUAUGAAUUAAAUAAAAUAUAUUGUGACUUUAAGAUAGAACCUAAAAUCGUUGAAACGAGCGAAAAAAGACUUUUACAUGAUUUUUUUAAAAAUAGUAAAGCAAUUUAUGAAUGUGCUGAGUCUGGCCAGAGUUAUUGCAAAAAAAAGUACUGCAAUUAUGUCGUUUAUAUUAAAAAAUUAUAUGACAAGCAUAAAGAUUACUGUUUAUGGGAAGAGGUAUGUGACUAUUUUGAUUUUAAUCAGCUUAAUCCGUACGAAGUGUUAUCUAAAUUAAAAUGUAGUGGUUAUGAAAAUAUAAUGGCAACAACUGAGCAAAAAGCUGAUCCACUCCCUUCUGUUCCAAAAAGAAAAAAAAAACGACGUACAGGAACGUUUAGACUAAUGGCAACUUCACAAUCAGGUUCUGAUGACAACAUGAAAUAUAGAAAUUUUAAAUGUAAUUAUACGCUAAGUGAAGAUGGAAGAAUUACUAAUUUGUCAUCCUGUACCGAAAUUUCACCAGACCAAGAAUAUUAUGAAAAAACAUCAAGAGUUCCGAAAUUAAAUGAAGAAGAUUAUUAUGAUUAUAGGAGGAGAGUUAAAAAAGAUCCUUAUACUGUUGAUGUUAAUGAUAGUGGUGCCGAAUUUACGUCCUUGGGUACAGGAUUUGGUAAAAAAAAGAAAAAAAAAAAAAAUUACGAUGAACUUUUUGAAGAAUUUACACAGGGAUUAUCUGAACAUGGUUCAAAUGAUAUGGGUAUGGGAACUGGCGUGGGUAUGGGUACUGACAUGGGUAUGGGUUCGGACAUGGACAUGGGUUCUGACAUGGACAUGGGUUCUGACAUGGGUACGGAUAUGGGCGCCCAUAAUGAUUACUAUGACGAUGGAUAUUAUGUGCCUUACUAUUCUACGUGA